CAUGUCCAUGACGGCAUCCGGGGCCAUACAACUACAAAACACCACGUCCAUGAUCCUCCCCGCUCUUCAAUCGCACGGCUGAUGCUGACGGCACCCCGCACGCGUCGCCCGCCAUGAUCAUCUCCCCCGCGCGCGGAGGCACCGCCAAAAUCAUCAUUGCGCUCGCUGCCGGAUCUAUCCUCCUCUUCCUCUGGAACUACGCCCUCCCCCACUACUCCAACACCAUAAUCCACGCCGAAAAUGGAGGAAAGGCAAAGCCAGCAGGUGGAGAGGAGGAGUACAAGCCCGGCGAGUUCUUCCAGGACGCCAAACCCGCCAAUGCCAGCACGACGGUGGAAUUGAACGAAACUCCCCCAAAAGACGAGAUUCAGGAAAAGGCCAAGAAGCCCUCCCCUACGCCUCUCCCUGUGCAUGAAGAGACGGCUACAAACACCAAAUGUUCCGAGGUCAAGGGCGCCGACGACGUGAUGAUCGUGCUCAAAACCAGCGCCGCCGACAUCUACGACAAGCUCCCCGAACACCUCCUCACCCUCUUCGCAUGCGCACCCCACUACGCCAUUUUCUCUGACCUCGCCGGCACCUUCUCAGGACAUAACGUCUACGAUGCGUUGGAGAACGUCACAGAGGGAACACGCAGGGAGCACGAUGAGUUCAAGUUCUACGACAAGAUCCAAAAAUACAGCACCGAGGCGCAACAUCUCUCUGAUCUGAAGGGCGACAGCUCCAAAGACCUCGACAAGUGGAAAUUUCUGCCCAUGGUCUACCGCGCCUACAAACUCCGUCCCGCGACCAAAUUCUUCGUCUUCAUCGAAGACGACACCUCCCUCAGCUGGACGAACCUGUUACAAUGGCUCUCACGCCUCGACUCACGCAUACCCCUCUACGCCGGUGCCCCAUCCAAUGUCGGUGAUCUGCGGUUCGCGCAGCGCGGUGGUGGAUACCUGAUAUCGAAUGCGGCGAUGAAGCUAUACACAAACGCGUACGAGCAGCGGUACGCGAGCAAGUGGGAGAAGCGGACAGCGAGCGAGUGUUGUGGGGAUGUGAUGCUCGCGAUUGCGCUGGAUGACGCCCAUGUGGAGUUCUACUCUGCGUUCCCGCUGCUGCAGGGCGAGAGCGUCGCGAGUCUGGAUUGGACGGAAAGGCAUUGGUGCGCGCCGGUCGUGAGCUGGCAUCACAUGGAUAGUAACGAUAUUGAUGUGGUGUGGAACUUUCAGCAGAGUUGGGUUAGAGAUCACGGCUGGCAAACGCCCUACCUCGUCAGACACGCCUUCGCCUCUUUCGUCUCACCGCGUCUCUCCGCCGAUCACAACGCCUGGGACAACCUCUCCCAAGAUACCCGCAUCAAGAAACCCGCCGAUAACGCCGCGAUCGAGGACACAGUCAACUGGAAUGGUCUCUCAGAAGCCGAGAAGAACGCCACAAUUUCUUUUGACAACUGCCGCAAGCAGUGCGAGGCGAAGGAGCAGUGUCUACAAUACAAAUACCGCAAGGGGGAGAACGAGUGCGUAUUCGGCAAUGUGGUGCGAUUAGGAAGAGCAGUAUCAGGGGAAGGAGAGAAGGAUACAAGGAGUGGCUGGGUGGUGGAUAGGGUAAAUAAGAUGGUGAAGAAGUGGGAGCCGUGUGCUGAGCCGAGUUGGAAGUUCAAUCAGUAAUCUCUUCAAAGCGGAGAGGAGUGUGAAUGAUCUUCUCACAGAGCAUUUGAUAACAAUAUGGGUUAGGUAGGAUAGGAUGGCGUUUGGGAUGGUAUUAGUAUUUACGGAGAACGCGCGUGACCCUGGGUCCAGGGAGGCGUCACAUUGAUAAAUUCCGGCGUCUGUAAUGCGCGGUAAAUCGGACGUCGACAUGUUCGUUCGUUGUAUAUCUAUUGUCGGAAGCAAAAACAUAAAAUACCUCUACUUACCCUUCCUUACUACGCUGAUAUAAGUUGCCUGACUAGAACAGCUGUAAUGCGCUAGUCGUCUAGCGACAACUAAGUCCGCCCUGACGAGUUGGUCUUUUGGAAACCACUGCGCCAAGAGGUGCGGUGUCCUGGAGGACGGCGAUGUUUAGGGCUGUUCAGUAUAUUAGGGGUAAUGGGUUUGCUGCGGCUGGAGACGUGCUAGUAAACGCGAGUAUAACAGA